AACGACAUCAUUUCAGUGUCACAGAAAAAAUCUGGAGCCGCAUCAUGGGGCCACUGAGCAUCUCUGUGUUGCUCUUCACUGCUCUUGUUCUCAGUGGUGGUUUCGCUGCACCCAGAGCUCAGGAACAGAGUGAGAAAUCAGUGAUUAUUGAGAGAUACAUGGAAAACAUCUCUGCUACACAAGGAUGUCCUUCUGGAUGGCGUAGGUUUAACUCACGCUGCUUCCACUAUGUCAGCCAAAAAGCCACAUGGGCAGAUGCACAGAUUCAUUGUACCCGCUUCAGUGCGUCCCUCGCAUCUAUACACAGCCUACAGGAAUACCGCUUUGUGCAAAAUGUCACACGGGGGUUCGGCAACAACUUUCCUUUGGCCUGGAUGGGAGGAACAGAUGCCCCUCAGUUUAACUUUUCAUUUCUCUUUCACACUACAAAUUACCCUGUUUUUACAAUACAGGAGGGAAAGUGGAUCUGGGUUGAUGGGACUCCAUUUGACUUCACCAAGUGGGCCCCCGGAGAACCUAACAAUGUUAGAGGUGAACACUGCCUUGAAAUGAACUUUGGAGGUAAUUUUUAUUGCACUAUUAUUCUUUUAAGUUUGGGUUUCUCUGACUACAUAUAUGAAAUUUGUAUGUGGUCUCACUGCUGUUGUUACUUUGGAAAAUGAAAAAUAAUAUAGAAAGCACCCAAAGUCAGACAAGGAUUAUUUAAAGUAUUAUAUUUUUACU